AUGCAGCACAUGGUUGAGACCAGGAGUCGAAUCAACAACUGCUGCAACGAGAACUAUAGUCCCUGUAUAUUGGGAACGCGAUUAAACUGCUCGGCCAACGAACCAGGACCUGACAUCACCACAGUCAUUCAAGACAUUUCACCUGAUCCAGCCCGUCCAUGGGACUCAAAGACUCUGCUGUGUUCAUUCCUUUAUGAUCCUGAAAAUAAACCAUGUUCAGGAAAACACAGAGUGUUCUGGUUCAGAGCUGGAUCAGGUGAAUCCCGUCCCAGCUUCAUUUACACUCAUGGAAACAGAAGUGAUGGAUGUGAGGAGAGUUCUGAGGCUCCCUCCAUGCAGAAAUGUAUCUACAGCUUCUCUAAGACCUUCAGCUCCUCUGAUGUCGGGACGUAUUACUGUGCUGUGGCUGCAUGUGGGGAGAUAUUGUUUGGAAAUGGAACAAAGCUCAACAUUGAAGGAAACAACAUGCUGAUGAUGAACAUACCUCUGUUUCUGCUCUCAGCUGCUUUGGCUAUCUGUCUGGUUGUUAUAGCCCUCCUGAUUUAUACCAUCAAGACAAAAUCUUCUUGCAAAACUGCUGCUGAUCAGCACGGAAAUUCUGCAACAGCCAACUCUGGUCAGCAAAGACGGCAGAGAGAUGAGAGAUCACUAGUUUAUGCUGCACCAACGUUUUCUAAGAAGAAAGCUGUCAAAGGUGAGAGAAGAAACAUGAAAAGAGCAGAGGAAGAGACGUUGUACAGCGGUGUCAGAAAUGUUGUGACAAACUAGCAAAACACACAAUGGACUUUUGUUCACAAGACUGCAGAAAACUUUUUUUUUCUGACUAGUGAUCAGCAGGUAGCGAUUAACAGUGUUUCAUUUGAAAUAACUUUAAAUGUUUUGUGUAUUUGAUGUUAUAUGCUGUCUAAUCUGUUAGUGGUUAGUUUCAAGUCUUCAAAGUGGAGUGAAUCAUCAUGACAUACAAAUAUCAUCAUUUUAUGUUAGUGAUGCCUCGAAGGGAUGUUCUAAAGAUCUGUGCAUCAUAUAUCUAUCACCUUUUUCUUGAGUUUUGAGCAUUUCAUCUUGAUGUGUUGAAACAGGUUUGUCUAAUAAGGCUUUUUAGAAAAGAGGGAAGGUUUCCUCUUUGUGUUUUGACUUGAAUGAAGGUUUAAGGCUUUACAAGUUUCUUUUACUGCAAUGGAAAAAAAUUAUAACAUUUGAUGAAAAUGCUGUUUUUGAAUUUUUGUUCCUUUGCUUCAUUGAAGGCAAACUGCAGACUGUAAAGAAAUUCUUAGUAAGAAAGUAUGUCACUUUAUUUAUACAAAGCUGAGAUCCUGUUUACUUCAU